UCAGGCCGCGCCACCCCUCUCCUCUCACCCCGCGUUCCCGUACGUCGGCCAGUCGCCUAACAUAUGGUCGGAUCCGAUCCGUGCGCUACCGAAAUUUCCGCUCUUCUCCCCCCCUAACUCGCCUGACGUCAUCCGCGACCCUCCCUUAACCCCCCUCCCCCCCUACACGUGGCCGAAAAGGAUUUUGGAUUUCGUCGUCAACGUGCGCAGGAUGCGAGUUCAUAGGACAAUUUCUGGAGUGGUUUAAUCAGUGGGGGAACAAGAUGAUUCCCUUCCUGAAACUGCCGGGUGAAUCGAGGCAAGAGGAAACCAGAUGACUGUAAGACCCGAGGAUAGAGGGCCUCCCCCAAACUCUCCGUCGCUGAGUAAUCUAAGCCGAGAACGAUUGCUAUCGAUCCCGAGGAGGGACCACGAGCGAUUUUGUCGUCCCUGAUUUCCAUCACCUAGUUUUUUCCAAGACCAUGGAUGUUGAGCACAACAUCAAUGGAGUAUCGUUGGCAGUUUACGCUUUCACAUCAUUCUUGCUUGUGCUUUUCGCCAUCACACUCAUCUAUGUGGCAUGUGCCAAGCGGUACAGACUCAACUGGUUCGAGAAGAAUCUCCUGGAAACGGCGGACACGGCUGAAAUGAAUGUCAGUCAGGAAGCUUUGAUGAUCGAAAGCGAACCAGGAAGCAGUCGAUCGCCCAGCCGCGAUAAAUUUUGGGUUCCGCAUAAUCUUCAGCGCCAGGCCAGCGUAGAAAAUUUCGACGAAUCUAGCGAUGAUAACUCGAUUCACGGCUCGGUCGUCUCGAGCAGGGCGACUCCUCCCCCGUCGACGUCCUCGCCGUACCCGACGACGUCGUCCGCGGCGGGGCCGGGGGCGGCGGGGGUGGCGUCCACGUCCACGUCCAGCGGGGCCGGGGUCGGGGCGGGGCCCUCCCUCUCCCCCUCGCUCCUGGCGACCUCCCCGCAGCCGCAGAGCGACCACCAGCCCUGCAUCGGCACCGACCGCCACAUCAUCCUCACCCCCGCACCCCCGAGACCCAAGGUCUCCUCCAUGCACACCAAACUCGAUUACCGAAAAAUCGACACUUCCCUCUACCAGAAGCCUCAAAAGUCGCUGAGCGAACCGGAGGAGUAUCGAGGAUCGGUACAUUUGACUAUUUUCUACGACCCUACCUCAGGAAACCUCUCAGUCAGACUAAUAGAGGCGCAAGAUCUUCAAGCCCGAGAUUUCAGCGGGACGGCAGAUCCGUACGCAAAAAUAAGACUGCUGCCCGACAAGGGGAAUGUCUGGCAAACAAGAAUCCAUCGGAAAACAUUAAAUCCAUUUUUUGAUGAAGACUUUGUGUUCGACGUGAAACCUACGACCAUUGCACGGAGGACUCUAGAAAUAAUUAUCUAUGACUUUGAUGCCUAUUCUAGGCAUUUAGCCAUCGGUGGAAUGAAGAUACCUUUAGCUCAAAUAGAUCUAGCGGAAAAAAUUGACUUUUGGAAAAAACUCACGCCGUGCGCUGAGCCAGAUGCAAAGGUUGAUUUAGGAGAACUCCGUGUGUCUUUAGCAUAUCUUCCCGGAGCCGAAAGACUUAAUGUGAAUAUAAUAGAAGCUAGGAAUUUAAGAGUAGUAGAUCUAACUCGAUCAUCGUCCGAUCCGUACGUGCGGGUGCAGAUCACGGGAGCGGAGAUGAAGGACAAGCGGAAGAAGAAGACGAGCGUGCAGCGGAACACGGUCUGCCCGGUGUUCAACGAGCUGCUCCACUUCUCGAUGAACCGGGAGACGCUGAGCAAGUGCAAAGUGGAGUUCACCGUCCAUCACGACGGCCUCCUCGGGACCUCGGAGCUCGGGCGCGCCGUCAUCGUGCCCGAACACGAGAAGUACAUCUUCAACGACAUCUCCAGCACCACCGACACCUCCAGGUGGCUCGCCCUCUCCGACUGAAACGAGCGCAACUCCUGGCCCAAAAGCCCCAGGGCCAAGUCACGUCACCGAUAAUAUGAGUUGAUAAGCUACGUUGAUAUCUACUAGAGUACCUGUAUAGCGACAGUAUAUAGACAGAUGUGAAACUCCGAAAAUCCAUCAGGCCUUCACCGAUGCCUCCGCGAAUAAAGUUAGGGCCCA